GAGGAUCAAGUCUGGACAAAGACGGCAUUCUAUUUACCCUCAAUUGAAUGUGAGCUCUCGCUGACCUCCAAUAUUUAAAAUGGGGUUGUCAUGGAAACUGCUGGUGCUGCAAUUAUUCAUGGGAUGCCUUUCAGAAGGCAGCGGUCCUCUGAGGCCAGUAUUCACCAAACAGCCGGGAAGUAUUGUAUUCCCUCUCCAUCUUAAUGAGCCCAGCCGGGAGGUCACCUUCAGCUGUGAAGCCCAGGGACAUCCGCCCCCGUCCUACAGGUGGAAAAUGAACGACAGCUUCAUUUACCCUCAACUUGGCUCUCGAUACAGCAUCUCAGGAGGAAACCUUCGAAUCAGCCAGCUCAAUAAGGAAGAGGAUGCUGGUAUUUACCAAUGUCUGGCCUCCAACUCUUUCGGGACCAUUCUGAGCAGAGAAGCUAGUCUUUACAUUGCUUAUCUGGAGGAGUUUAAAACCCAGAGGAGAAGUCCAGUGAGCGUCAGAGAGGGGCAAGGUGUGGUUCUUCUCUGUGGCCCUCCAGCACAUAUGGGAGAGUUGACCUUUUCCUGGAUCUUCAAUGAAUAUCCCUCAUUCGUGAAGCAAGACAUGCGGCGCUUUGUGUCACAGAAAACAGGCAACCUGUACAUCGCUAAAGUGGAGCCCUCAGACGUGGGAAACUACACCUGUGUCGUGACUAACACUGUGACACAAAGCAGAGUGCAGGGACCUCCUACAUCACUCGUACUCCGCAAUGAUGGCAUUAUGGGAGAAUAUGAACCCAAAAUUGAGGUCCAAUUUUCAGAAGUUUUGGCUGUUGCCAAAGGGUUGACAGUCAAACUGGAGUGCUUCGCUUUGGGAAAUCCAGUACCUUCGAUCACCUGGAGAAGACCAGACGGAGUUCCUUUUCCCAGAAAAGUGGAUGUUGGCAAAUCCAGUGGAGUGUUGGAGAUCCCUUAUUUCCAACAGGAAGACGCAGGACAAUAUGAAUGCACAGCUGAGAACUCCAGAGGCAAAAACACAGUGAAGGGGCGUCUCUACUUCUACGCACCCCCUCAUCUGGUGGAGAAGCCUCAGGAUGUGCAGAAAGCCAUUGAUGAAUCUCUGCUGUGGGAGUGUAAGGCGAGCGCCAAGCCCAAACCAUCCUACAGGUGGCUGAAGAACGGAGAGCUGCUCGAGUCCUUUGAGGACAGAAUCCAGGUGGUAAACGGGGCAUUAUCCAUCAGCAGUCUGACCCUGUCAGAUACUGGGAUGUACCAGUGUAUCGCUGAGAACCGUCACGGCCGAGUGUUUGCCAACGCUGAACUCAAAGUCACUGCAGUGGCACCAGAUUUCUCCAAUAAUGUGCUAAAGGCACAGACACUGGCUCGGCAGGGUGGAGAUGUUUUGAUUGAGUGCAGGCCCCGCAUGUCCCCGCGCGGGAUGAUCUCCUGGAGGAAGGGCAAAGAAGCCCUGCGAGAGAAGCCAACCAUCAUCACUUCUAAAGCCACCCAGCUGGAUGUUACAGUGGGAGAGAGUGUUGUAAUUCCAUGCCAGGUAUCUCGUGACCCUACCCUGGACGUGAGAUUCACCUGGUUUUUCAACGAGCAGCUGAUCAAUUUUGGAAGCCAUGGGGGAUAUUUUGAAAAAGUUGGUGGGACAUCUGCUGGUGACAUCAUGAUUCGUAACAUUCAGCUAAGGCACGCAGGAAGAUACACAUGUGCCGUACAGACUAAAGUGGACAGUGCGUCUAUAGCGACAGAUGUUGUGGUACGAGGUCCCCCUGACCCACCGCUGGAUAUUAAAGUUGAUGAAGUGACAGAGACAACGUCCUUUGUGUCCUGGAGUCCUGGCCCUGAUAACCACAGUCCCCUCUUUGCUUACUACAUUCAGAUCCGAAGCCCUUUCUCUCUCGGAUGGCAGGCAGCCAAAACAGUGCCAGAGUCUCUGGGAGGGCAGCAGUUGACAGCCCGUGUGGUGGAGUUGAGUACAUGGGUUGAAUAUGAGUUCAGAGUGCUGGCCACUAACUCCAUAGGCACCGGGGAACCCAGCAAACCCUCACAAAAAAUCAGGACCAAGGACACAUUGCCAAGGACGACCCCAGCCAGAGUCAGUGGAGGAGGUGGCAGUCGCUCAGAGCUUGUCAUCACUUGGGAGCCAGUCCCAGAAGAGUUGCAGUGUGGUCCAGGGUUCGGCUACGUGGUUGCUUUUCGCCCUCUUGGUGGUCAAAGCUGGAUGCAGGCGGCCGUGACAUCUCCUGAUGCAUCCCGAUACAUCUUCAAAAACGAGAGCAUCCCUCCAUUCUCUCCAUUUCAUGUGAAAGUGGGAGUUUACAACAACAAAGGAGAAGGUCUUUUUGGACCUGUGACCACUAUAUACUCAGCAGAAGAGGAGCCCAGUCGUGCCCCCAGUCGCGUCCGUGCCAAGAGCCUGUCAGCCUCAGAAGUGGAGGUCAGCUGGAAGCCUUUACCAUGGAGCACCAGUAGGACACGCAUAAUGGGCUAUGAGCUGAGGUAUUGGAGAACAAAGGACAGACCGGACACAGCCAGUGUGAUGAGGACUGUGGGAAACAGGACGUCUGCUGUCAUUCGUGGACUGGACCCCAGCAGUACAUACUACAUCAAACUCAAAGCCUAUAACAGUGCAGGUGUUGGACCUGAUAGUGCUGUGGUGAAUGUCACCACUAAGAGACCCCCACCGAGUCAGUCUCCAGUCAAAGUCACGUGGAAUACUACAGACUCUAAACUCAUCCUCAAGUGGGAUCAUGUCAAGUCUCUGGAGAAUGAGUCUGAAGUUAUGGGCUAUAAGGUCAUGUACAAGCAAAGCAGACAGAGUCGGCCCAGCGUGGUGGAGACUAACAGCACAUCUCUUGAGCUCUCCCUGCCUGUGGACGAGGAUUACAUCAUCCAGAUUAAACCAGUCAGCGAAGGUGGAGAAGGGAGCAGCAGCAAACAGAUUACCAUCCCCAGGAUAGCAGUUGCACAUGCGAUUGGAUUUGCCCCAGAUAGGAAAGCACUUCCAGUCCUCAUAACACUAUCACUCUACUGUACGGUCAGGACUUUCUUAUGACAGAUGAACUGAACAGUACAAACAUCUACAAGUGGAUCCACUUGUCUUUGUCCAGUAUGUUUUACAAACGAGACUCUUCAGAAGGAAAGUUUUCCUCUCGCUUUUUAAAAGAGGACGUUUGUUAAUCUGGUUUUGAUCACUGACACCAAAGCUGCCGAGACAGUGGAGUAAGAGCUAUUGCAUUUUUUGGGAUAAAUGUGUCGACGGAUGUUACCCAAGUGGUUUCCAACCAGGAACAGGAUAUUCAAGGGCAUAAAAUGACAUACAGUUCACUCUUAAGGAUUCACAUACAAGGACAUCUGUUUGGAUAAGAUAAAUCCAUAUUCAUCCAUUAGACGGUUGGCAGUGGAGAACCACACAAAUGCCUUUUCCACAAGAAGCUUGGUAAUACGUAAUGAACUCCUUUGAAGAGAAUCCCUACUGCCAUUCCUCACAGACACUUUCAUUAUAAGACCAUCAACCUAUUUAAUCAGCUGUCCUCAAAUCAGACAGAGUUUACAGUCCCCCGGUGAUGACAUGCUCCCCUGUCUGUUUGAAAGACGAAGCUAAUGCUGCUGGCCUUACUUAUACAGUAAAAGAGCUCUCUGGCUGUCUCGAGCUGGUUGUUCCUUCAGUCAUGCACUGAGAUCUUUGUUUUGCUAGUGUGUGUGUGCCUCUUUAAUGAGAAACAGUAUGUAAAAUAUCCUCAGGACCAGAACAGCCUUAAAUAGUUGUCUUGAUUUCUUUUCUGGUUUAGUUUGUUCAUUUACAAUUCCAUUAUUUGAUGAUGUAUAACAGAUAUUUUGAUUGUAAAAGACCAGCGUUUCAUUUUCCGUUAAGGUGCUUUCUAUAGGUAAUAGCUGUGAUCAUUAAAUACAUAGGACAUAAUGCUUAUGUUCCAUUUUCAAGCUGUUUAGCAUGAACUGGCUCUGUAGUGGCUUGAAAUACAGUAUUUGAAUGGACUGUCUGCUUUUAAUAA